UCGGCUCUUGGAAUCUACCGGCUAUCAUAGUAGAACAAAAAUAUGUUGCCGGAUUAAGUCAUGACAGCACUUGACGCCACUAGCCAUGCACCCAAGUGUAAUUGUCUUUGCUUCCCAAAUUGUGACCUGACCUUCCACUUCCAGCAUGGACAGAAGGCUUUGUGAUGCAGCAGUGGAAGGAGAUGUUACCGCUUUUUGUCAGUUGCUUCAAGAAGAUCCACUUGCUCUUGCUAAAGCUGCUUUGAAGUGCGAGGAUAAGAAUCCUCUUCACAUAGCAGCAAUAUUGGGCCAUGUAGAUUUUGUAAAAGCAAUCUUACAAGUUGAUUUUGCUUAUAUUAUGUGUUUGGCCCGUGAUCAAGAUGGCAGAAGCCCUUUACAUCUUGCUGCCAUGUAUGGCAGAUUGGAAGUCUUGCAAGAGCUACUUUAUGCAGGAUCUCAAGCCAAUUCUGCUCAUUCUAUGUGUUUGGCCCGUGAUCGAGAUGGCAGAAACCCUUUGCAUCUUGCUGCCAUGUAUGGAAGAGUGGCAGUCUUGCAGGUGCUAAUUCGUGCCGGAUUUCAAGCAGCUCUAGAGAAGACAGACGGCGGGGGAACCAUUUUGCACCUCUGCAUCAAAUAUAAUCAGCUGGAAGCAUUGAAGACGCUUGUCGACAUAUUAAAAUAUCCAGAGUUUGUGAAUGCAAAAAAUGAGGAUGGCAUGACCAUAUUGCACCUGGCCAUAUACUAUGAGCAACAUGAGACUGCGAAGUACAUAUUGCAGAAGAACGGAGUAGAUGUGAAUGCCAGGGAUGCAAAUGGAAAAUCAGCGUUAGACGUCUUACGCGGAGUUGGCAAUAUCAAGUCGGAAAUUGCACGACGUCUCAAAGUUGCUGGCGCCAAGACAAGCGACUUUUCUACAGGCUUACAGGAUUUAGUUCGGGAGCAUCGUAGUUGGAUACAGGUGGCAUGCUCAAUUAUUGCGACAAUGGCUUUUCAGGCUGCAAUAAGCCCUCCAGGAGGAGCUUGGCAAGAAGACCUAAUAGCAGAUUCGCGUGGUAACCCGGUGCCAAAUCCACAUAGAGCAGGAGAAGCUGUAAUGGCACACACUCAUCCCCAGAGAUAUGAACUUUUCGUUUUCACAAGCAUAACAUCCUUUUGGGCAGCUCUGUCGACAAUCAUCAUCACCAUCUGUGAUUUUACUGGAAGGCUGGCUCUGUUUCUGCUGUCGAUUCUCCUCCACUUAGCAAUUGUCACACUAGCGGCUGCUCAUUUCACAUCAAUCCGCAUGCUAUACCCUGAUGGCCGCAAAAAUAUAAAACGAAGCACGGAUUGGACGGAAAUCAUACUUCUCUAUGGUGUUUGGGCUGUUAGUGGGAUGCUGAUUAUCGCAAUUGUUCACAAGAGGCUCAAGAAGAAAACCUCGGGAUUCAGGCUCAGCUGCUGAUGCCCACAGCAAUCCUUAGAUAGAUAUAGAUAUUACUAGUUGUUGUUGUUGACUUGAUGAUACUGCUGCUGCUCAUGUGUAGUGCUUAUUAGCUUUCCCAAUAAAUCUUCGCAUUCAAAGAGUUGUUUGUUGAAGCCGAAAAUUCUUCUCACAAUAUCU